AAGUGUUUGCCUUCCACAGAGCUCAGCAGCGCCGCGUUCUCGUGUGAGCGGGCUUCUGCAUCGCGGCUGCGCUCGGGUCUCUGUCUGCUCCUGCUGGCGGCGGCUUCCCGGAUCUCCCGAGAGCAGCGUGGAGUGGGUUUGCCAGAGGAAUCGAAACUGAAAGCGCCCCACUGCCUCUGCCGCCGCGACCAUGCUGGGGUACCGUCGCGCCUUCCCUUGGCCCCUGCUGCUCUUGCAGCACUCUGCCUGGGCGGUCCUGAGGGUGUCCGUGCCCUCCUCGCCAAUCCGUGCCUUGCCGUUCUCCACUCCACGGCUGCCUUGUAACUUCUCAGACCCUUCGAGGUCCAUAAACCUGGGUAAUCUGGCUGUCACAUGGAAAAGAGGCACAGAGACCAUUGCUCAGUAUUUAGGCGGAUUCAAGCCGUCGAGGCCAGGGGCAGAGAUGUCAGAGGAGCGGCUGAGAGUGGGUGAUGCUUCCCUGCUGCUCCCACAGUUACAGGAUGCGGACGCUGGGCUUUAUACAUGUCUCGUUAUUUUCACGCCUGAUAAAGACGAGGGGAGCUUUGAGCUGAAGUUGGAAGCUGAGCCUCACGUAGCAGUCGGACCCACAAAGCUGCAGCUGGCCCGUGAGGGUGCUGUCACGUGUACGGUGUCUGCUUUUUACCCUGGGAAUGUCUCUGUGGAGUGGCUGAAAGAUGGUGCGGUGGUGAAAGGCCCCCAAACAUCGGUUCACCAGGACAGUCAGAGUGGCCUGUACCAAGCCAGGAGCAUCUUGGAACUCACACCGGACGUUGCUGAUGCAAAUGCCAACUUCUCCUGCCAGGUCAGACACCAGUCGCUCGAAGGCCCACUCAAAGAAAACUUCCAGCUGCAAUUGCAAGCUCUCCCAAGCCUUCAGGUUUCCACAGUGGUGCUGAGUAACACCCUUGAGGUGCUGGAGUGCCUGGUGAGUGGCUUCUACCCCCAAGAUGUUCGCGUUCAUUGGCUGCGAAAUGGGGUGCCUCAACAGCAGGUAGAAUCUAAACCCCAGAUACUGCCCAAUGGGACAUUCGGCAUGCAGAGCAUAAUCCUGCCCAAAGAGAUGGACCGUGGAGUCAGCUACGUCUGCCAGGUGCAACACAAAGCCUGGGACAAGCCGCUGGAGAUGACAGCCCAUUGGCAACCGAAAGGUGAAGCUUCUGCUGUAGGGACCGUUGCUGUUUGGCCUUGGAUAGUGUUCGUCCUCGGGAUGCUGCUUUCCGUCGCAGGUGGAAUCAUGCUGUGGAUGGCUUUUAAGAAAGGCAAGAAUAAGUCGUAUCCAGAUACCAAAAGCAAGGACCGCCUGAGUCCUGAAUCAGAAGAAGCCCAAAAAUGA